AUGAUGAAACUCCUCCUUGCUCUACUCCUGACUACAUUUGUCAAGGGCUUUGUUCCUUCGCUAUCAUCUACGCAACGACAAGGAGGAUCACAAUUAUAUUCUACAGCGGAAGAAGUUUCUAUUGAACCAAAGGAUGUGGUCCGACUCUUCGGACGAUUGGCCGAAAAAUACAUUAUGUUGGACGAGUCUGGUGGCAUGUGUUGCUAUUCCGGUUGCAAGGAUUGCGAAUACCGUCUCCCUGAUGGAGGAUAUAGAAUGGCAGAUCAAAGUGCUGCCCGUCCAAAAUGGAUCCCAGUGUACGAAGAGCGCAACUUUUCGGGACAAAACAAGGAGCACAAGACCAAAUGGAGCACCGAAAUCUUUUCCGAAGGCCCAUCCGUGACCAAGGAAGAGUUUGUCAAGGCACUAUCUGAAAUGCAAUAUGCACCUCCAUUGGGCGGUCCAUUUGUGGGCGCAACAGCUGGGCAAAUCGAAGAUAGCGCUGCGGCCGAGAAAUUGUUUGAUAUGCUAGCUGGUGAGAAAGACAAGCUGGCGCGAUUCAAGAUGAGCGUCCAAUUGAAGGAAUUGGCCAAAGGUGAACAAGGUUUGACUUGGAAAGACUUUGCCGCAGCUAUGGGAGUACAAUAG